AUGUCGUCAUCAAAACAACCUGCCAUGUAUGUAACCCAUGGAGGUGGGCCUUGUUGGUUUAUGGAUGGUAAAGAUUUUCCAUCGUUUGCUAACAUCGACAAAAACAGCGCCGGUGCCAAAUGGUUCAGACAGUUACCUCACCAAAUCGGUCAAAGUGACCAACAUAAACCAAAAGCAAUUCUAUUGGUCAGUGCCCAUUGGGAAAGUUCUGAUGUGGUCCACAUUAGUGCCCAAGCUCAACACACUGAUUUAUAUUAUGAUUAUGGUGGCUUUCCAAAAGAAACAUAUGAAAUUAAAUUUCAACCAAAAGGUGAUCUUCAAUUAUCUCAGCAAGUUCUCGACUUACUAAAAAAGUCGAAUAUUAGUGCCGUGCUAAACUCUAAACGAAAUUUUGAUCACGGCGUGUUUAUUCCGUUGAAACUCAUGUAUCCAAAUGCCAAUAUUCCGGUUGUUAGUAUGUCCAUUCUCGAUACUUAUUCACCUGAACAACAUGUUGCUAUAGGUAAAGCCCUGUCACCCUUAAGAGAACAAGGAGUAUUAAUUAUUGGAUCUGGGUCAAUCACUCAUGGACGAGCUUCUCGAGAACAAAUUAACGAGUUUGUUGAUGCAAUCACAAACACUUUACAGACAUUGUCACCAAAUGAGAGAGAAGAAACAAUGAUCAACUGGACUAGGCUCCCAUAUGCACGAGAAAAUCAUGGUCGCGAGGAUCAUUUGAUUCCGUUACAUGUGGUAGUAGGAGCUGCUGGUCAAGAUAAGUGUGAACUAUUAAAUCCACAUCUAUCAAAGUCACUGGCAGCGUACAAAUUUGCUUAA